AUGUUUUCCCGCGUGAAAUCCACGCGCCACUUCUCCAUCCUCCUCUCCCAUGUCAUAAGAAAAGACGAGGAAGAAGAAGAAAGAAGAUUUGGAGAUGCGGAUCAGGAAGAACGCCAAGGUCUCCCUCUCCUGUUCUCGUCGCACGCUCCAGCUGCGGAGGACCUCCAGGCACACGUGUGCCAGUUAAAUCAAUCCCCAUGGGAUGUUAUUUCCUUUGGUCCAGACUCGAACCAGUUGGAAGAGAGCUUCUAUGUAAAUAACAAUGGGAGCUUCGGUGAUUCUCUCGGAGCUGCUGAAAGCGUUGCGUCGAUGAUGGAUAUCGGCAAAGAGAAAGCCGUGCUGAUGGAACAAGAGCCCGUCGCUGAUGACAAAAAGGGUUCGAAUUCGAAAGAGUUAUUGGACGACGAUAACGAAGAGGAAGGGAGGAGAUCAAGCUACGCGUGUUGCCAGAAGAACGAUGGAAAGGGCUGGCAUUGCAAGAAGAGAGCCAAACUCGGCCAGUCUUUCUGCAACCAUCACUUAUCCCUGCUUAGGUCUAACCAUAAUACCAACAUUGCUUCCAACAUAAGGGCCCCCGGGAAGCUGCGAGCAAGGUGCUAUCAGCUGGAGCCCGCCGCUCCCGGGCCAAGGCGAAGAGGGGAUCCUCCUCAAACCCUUACGAAUUCUAUUACUAUUCGGGGUUUGGCCCGCUGUGGGGGCGAAAGAGGGGCGGGGAUAAGGAGAAGGAAGAGCCCAAGAUUGAUGAAGACAGAGUCACUACUACUACUUCAACUACUCCUCCUACUCAAUCUUCGUCUUCUCAAAUUGAUGAGAAGAAAUUCGAAUAUGUGGAUGACUACGAUGACGACGAGGAUGACUUUGAUGACGAUGUUCGCAGCGGGGAGAGCGGGCGGAAGCGGAUGA